CAGCUCGUGGCUAGGGGCGGGCAGGGACCGCCAAGUAGCCUCCGGAGGCCAAACUAGGUCCGCGGUGGCCCUACUCCCCGGAGGGACGGUCUGGUAAGAUCUGGCCCCGGGCUUUUUCACCUACACCAACCUGGAAGGUUGAUAACACACAGACCCUGCCUUACUGCGUUCUCCUACUUCUCAGUGACACUGAUGAACAAUGGGCUGCCUGGCAGAGCCCCCACACUUUCCCCUUUGCCAUUGCCAUCCUCAUUUUCAAACAGGAGCACAUACUCAGACCGCCUCACUGCCUCAUUCUUGUAGCCCUGAGCACCUGGGGGAUCUGGACAUGCUAACUAAGGAACCUAGGCCGCGGGUGGUGGACCAAAAAGGUGGCUAUAUAUUGGAGUUGUUCUAUGUCCCUUUCAGUUUGUUUUAGCCAUAGAGUAACACAGAAACCAGAACUCAGUGGUCCUGGCAGCUUAUCUGGAGGAGUUCCAGGCCCUGGGAGACUUGGGACUGUAUCUGUAACAGCUCCCAGCUGGGUGGUCGCCCCCAAACAGGUGAGCCAGCUCCCAGAGUACAUGUCCUCCUGAUCACAGUGGCCAUGUGAUGGCCUGGUGGUGGGUGGACAGGUUUCAGACAUUCUUCAUCAGAGCAAUUUGGAGCAUUUUGCCUGAUCUGCACAGUAGUGUAUUUUUUUUCUUUAAUAUUUUGGUGGUUGCCAUCAUUUACAACUUAUAAAAUUUAACAAAAAUAGCCAAAUUCGAGGCUUCUCUUGAAAAACAUAUGACAUAUUAAUACCAGGCCUUAAUUCCCAAUUAAAUUAAUAGGAAUUAAAGGUCACGUCAGAUAGGUCAGGUACUUUCAAGGCAACAAAUUUGUCCUGGUUUUAAAAUAGUCUUUCGUUCCCAACUUUCUCAGUUCUGGGCAAAUGAGGACACUUGGUCACCUAGGCACUUUGAAUUGGUUGUUAGUACUUUUCAUUUCCAACCUUCUUCAUUCAUUUAGAUUACUUACCUGGUUCUUUUUGAGUUUGAGACUAUUAAAUGAUAUUUUUUUCAGAAAGAUAAGAUCAUGACUUUCAUAAGAAUAUAAAAAUUAACUUGUUAAAGAUUUUCUUUUAGGGCUUGGGGUUGUGGCUCAGUGGUGGAGCACUUGCCCAGCAUGUGUGAGACACUGGGUUCGAUUCUUAGCACCACAUAUAAAUAAAUGAAUAAAAUAAAGGUCCAUCAACAUCUUAAAAAAUAUUUUUUUAAAAAAAUUUAUAAUGCAGAAGUCAGAAGAUGUUAUAAUUGGUUCAAAAGAGAAUCCCGGGAGGGAAAAUGGACAGUUAGUGUCUAGUGCAUAUGGAGUUUCAAUUUGCAAAGAAAAUUGAAAAAAAAUAGGAGUGAUGGAUGUACAAUAAUGUGAAUGUACUUAAUGCCAUUUAAAAUGGUUAAAAUGGCAAAUUUUAUGUUAUGUACCUUUUAGCACAAUUUAAAAAACCAGAAUCCAAAGAACAUACCCAUUUACAAUUUGGGAAUAUUAAAGCCACACUACUUUUUCCACAGGUUGGGAUGGAAAACUAUUGGAAUUAUUGUUCAUAAACAUAUUUUACAUGACAUUUUAUUGGUUUGCUACCAUUUCAAAAAACUGUAAAAUAGCUCAAAGUCAAUGAAAAGCUAGAAUCAGAUAAGUGAAAGCUGGAUUCAGAUAAAUUGAAGGUAUAUCCUCUGAACAAUGCAUAGUUCUGUUUUGUUUUCCUCCACAGACUCCCCUGUUUUGGUGAUGAUAAUAAUAAUUAUUAUUAUAAUCUCCAAGAAAGAUUAUUCUUGAUCACAAAAUAAAGCUGGUCCCAUUAGAUUUGAUCUCAUUAUUUACUAAGACACAGCAAGAAUAUUAAUUAACAGAGCUUGUUAAGUUUGCUUUGCCAAAAGUUUUCAUGAGGAAUCCUGGAUUGGACUUUUAAAGUCUUUUCUUAUUUAUUGUCCUGAGGUUAAUAAACCAUACCAAGAAACUGUUUUCACUAGGUUUUACUUGCUGUUCUUAUAACUUUUGGCAAAUGCCUCUCUUUUCAAGGUCCCCCAAAUCUCUUAAGCUUCCUGGAUGCUACAAAUGAUGACAUUCCUUUUUGCCUAUAAGGUUGGGAACUCAGCAAGCUACUUUUCUUGGAAGUGUUUUAUUAGUAUUGGCUCCAAAAGGUAAAACUUAGUUCUUUAAAAGGGGCUGGUUAUAUCUGAUAAGAGAACAUCUUUGUCAAACACAGUAUUCCAGCCAAAGACUUAGUUACAUAACCAAUUUUUCUAAUUAUGUGUCAGUUUUUAAAAAGUCAGAGAGGAACAGGGAACAGAUUCUUAUUGAACCUUUGCAAAUAGUCAUAUUACCAUGAAAAACAAGAAGAACCAAUAGAGUUUCUGAAUUCUUAGGAGUUAGAUAGGAAGGAUAAGACAUUUAUUAAUGUUUCAUUUCAAUUUAUAAAAGUGAAGUCUACUAAAUUGUUAUGGGUUGCAGAUCGCCUAAGAAAAAAGACAAAGGUCUUCCUAAUACUUAUAUCCUGGAAAUGGAACAUAACAAAAAUAUUCAAACAUAUGACAGUCAUCCCUCAUUGGUCCAUUUAGUUCCAUAUGAUUAAUUUUUUUGUUCCACACAAUCUUGGGUUAGCAAUCUCAUAAACCCAUCUGUUUUAGGCAAGGUCAAUAGGAUCACAAGUUCAAUGCUAGCCUGGGCAAGUUAGCAAGACCCUGUCUCAAAAAGUAAAAAAGGCAGCUGGGCAUGGUGGUGAUUACCUGUAAUCCCCACUGGCUGGAGAGGCUGAAGCAGGAAGAUCAUAAGUUCAAAGCCAGCCUUAGUAACUUAGCAAAGCCCUAAGGAACUUGGCAAGACCCUGUAUCAAAUUAAAAAAAUAAAUAAAAGAGCUGGAGAUGUAGCCCAGUGGUCAAGCACCCCUGGGUUCAAUCCCUGGAACCAAAAUUAAAUUAAAUUUAAAAAGACCUGGGGAUAUAGCUGGGUCAUAGAACACUCCUCAGCCAAUCCCCAGUACCACGAAAACAGUCGAACACAAAAACAUCCAUUUCUUGAUUAAAGAGUCCAGGAACUCCUAACUCAAUUCAUUAGUGUGUUCUCAAAGUUGCUCAAGUGGUGCCAUCAGAACUCUGUACCCAAGAGUAAGUGCUUGUCAGAAAUAGUUGUUAAUAAAAAAAAAUGGGGGGCUGGGGUUAUAGCUCAGCAAUAGAGCACUCACCUCGCACAUGUGAGGCACUGGGUUUGAUCCUCAGAGCACCACAUAAAAAUAAAUAAAUAAAUAAAUUGUGUCCAUCUUAUUAAAAAAAAUCUUAAAAAGAAAAAAAAAAUUGGCCUAUUUGAUUGCAAAGUCUUUAGGAGGCAUCAGAACAAAAUAAAAACUAUUUGUAGAUGACAUUUAAAAACUGCUAGUCAACUUAUUACUGAUAUUUUUCAAGUAUGAACAGUCUCAUGAGAAUUAUGACAAAAAUAAUUCAACUGACAAGAAAAUUUGUUUGCUUUUGUAGUAUUCAAAACAAAAAGGAGCCAAUACAAAUAACAACAGCAAAAAUCUAUCCAGUGUUUAAAAACAUAAUAAGGCUAAUUCACCACCAUGUACCUCUCUGAGGAGCCUCAGUUUCCUUCACCAGUAAAAAUCAGGUGGUUUUGAAGAUACAUAUGAUAGUCUGUUUAAACAUGUUUGACCUCCAUUGGCUGUUAGAGGGUGCUUGAUGGGUGUUCUUGCUUCCUAAUGAGCAUGGGUUUGGAUUCCUAUCAAGCGUCAAAUGAGAUGUAGUUGUGCUGCAGGUGCAUUAUUGCACUUCACUCUGAGGCCUGCAGAGACAAUUAAGACACGAUCCUAUCUUCUCUGAAGUAAGGGUAAAGCUGGAACAGGUUGUGUACACACAAUCAACAAUUUUUGAAGGGACUGCUUUGUGUAUUGAGUGUCAAAAUGUGAUGUUUUGUAUGUGCCAUGUCUUUUAGAGGUCAUUUGAGUUGAUUUUGAAGAAAACUGCCUUUUUGAACAUGUCUGAUACAUAAGGUAUUAGAGAUUAUAGUAUAAUUUGCUUGGCGUAUAGAAAACCUGAUAAAAUGGUGGCUUUUCAUCUUCAGAGAUGGUAUUACUAUGGCUAAAUGUUAAUCCAAUUUAUCUUUAACCUCUGUUAAACAAAAUAUAGGCUGGAAUGGAGGCAAACAGGAUAAGUACUUACAGUCUGAAAUAAAAUUAGAAACAAACUCUAUAACAACAAAUUCCACUAUUAUGUAAAAUAAUAUAAUAUAUAAUGCACCAAUAAAAAAAAUCUUACUGUUUUCACAUGUCUCCAAGGAGAAUGUUAAAACAGAGGUAAAGAAAAGAGCAUAAGAAGCUAGAGGGUUAUUGGCCCUGGGCCUUGGACUCUGCAUCUAUAAAAUGGGGAUGUAGUAGUAUACUUCAUAAAAUUGUUGUGAAGUUUAAAUGGGGUACUACAUGUACUUAUAUUGGUGCCAGGCUCAUAUUAAGCACUAAGUAAUCAUUAGUUAUCAAUGAUUAUUCUAUUCACUCUUCCUACUAAUAUGUGCCAGGCAUUAUUAAUUUAUAAUUCUUUUAGAACUGCAAGGUAUUAGUUUUUUCAUUGAACAUAUGGGUAAAAUGAAGCACAGAGAAGUUAUGUAGCCAGCCCAGCAUCACAAAUGACUGGUAAAUGACUGAAUUGAAAUUUGGAUCUGGAUUAGUCUGACUCUAAAACCUAUGGUCUUCCCACUGUCCCACCGAUGAUAGUGUGGGGUAGUGACAUGGCCAUUUGGCCUUAGACAAAUCAAUCUCUCUAAGGCUCCAUUUUCUUUACUAUGGAAGGGAAAUGACAAUGUAUCUAAAUCACAGGAUUGGAUGAAAUUAAAUAAGAAACUAUUUAAAACACUUAGCACAGUGCCUAGCAUAUUUAAUAUUUGUUGGGUACUGGAAGAUUUCUGUGAUGGAAGGGAUUCAUUCCCUCUCAGGGGAGAAGGUCAACUUUGACUGAUGGAUCUGGAAGCCAUUACUUAGGGACUAGUAACAAAUGGCUCCGGCCAGCAGGCGCAUAGUGUGUCCAGGAAGCAGCCCCUGGAAGUGAGGCUGGAGGCAGGUGGCAUCUGGUGUUCAGAAGCAGCUCCCUCUAAGCAUGAUCCUAAACUGUGAGGAGCUUCUGCCUGGCAGAUGUUACUGUUCCUCCUCCUCCUAUCAGACCUUCUGUCAUGGUGUUUCUGAGCUACCGAAUGCCAGAAGAUUCCCUAACCCCAGGACUGGCUGGUUCUUUUACUUCUGCGCCAGCAUCUGCAUAGGCAUGUUUGGGGGCAGCUGGCAACAUGGGCAUCUUUUCAGAGGAAUGACAGUGGCUGUUGCUUAUGGGGCUGGGCAUUUUUCUUGGGACCUGUGAGGGGGAACUCGGGAUGUGAAGCCAGUGGGAGGAGGGACCAGGUUGACACAGGAGCUGGAUGAGCAGGAAUGGGUGUGGAGGGGGAGCAGAUUGAACAGGCAAGAUGAGCAGGAGCUGUGAACUCCCACAUUUUCCAUUUUCCCCACACCCUAAUCUUCCCACAAGGGCCAGACAAGAACUAGGCCAAACUGGUGGCUGCAACUAGGACAAAUGAUUCUGCUCUGUGGAGUUUGCUUGGAAGACACAGGAGAAAAAUGUUGGAAUGCACACCCAGAGAAAUACUGUGUAUGCCAGAUACGUCCACAUCCAUUAUACUUCAUUUGAUCCUUAUGACAAUCUUGGGCAGGCAUUCAUUCUCCUUUUCAAAAGAAGAUCAAACUGAGAAGUAGAGAGGCUAAACAAGUUGCUCAAGGUCACAGUAAGUGGCAGAACCAGAUAUGAAAACUCAGCCUCUUUUGGCCUAAGUCUGAUGUCCUUUUCCCUAUUUUGCCAUGGCCCUAGAUUAGAUUUACCCACCCCCCACCCCCCAGAUGCUAUCCAUGUAGCUUUUGCUUGAAUUACUUUCCUGAUUCCUACAAAGAGGUGCUUGGUACAGGCAGCAGAAAGUGCUGCUUAAGAUGAGCUAUGAUGAGCAGAGGCUGCUGUGAGAAGGAAUGAAGGAUCCUGCAGGACCUGGAGGAGCAACCCAUUAUCCACUAAGCCUCCUCCCCCACUGAGCAUGUGACCCUGCAGUCCCUUCCCCCAACUGCUUGUGAGUGCAGUCUGCUUCGCAGCUGCUUUCUGUGUUUCCUCUUCUGCCCUGUUGUUUCCUCUUUCCCUCCUUACAACACAAACUGGUGUGUACCUCACUGGCUUGGGUGGAGCUGUCUGACUCAGGCUUCAGAGAUUGACCGGAAAGGCAGCAAGGAGUUUGGAAUAGUCUAUAUGCUUGGCUAAGGCCUUAUUUCUUCAGUUGAAAUAAACCAGUUGGGUGCUGAGGUUGAAGCUGGACAGUCCCAGAAGACCAGCAAAAUCAAGGUUCCGUGGCUUCACCCUGCUGCUCACCUUCCUCAUUUAUACCUGUUAUCACAUGUCCAGGAAGCCAAUCAGCAUUGUCAAGAGCCGUCUGCACCAGAACUGCUCAGAGCUGAUCAAACCCAUCAAUGAUACCCACAGUUUAAAUGAUACCUCGUGGUGCAGCUGGAGUCCAUUUGAUAAAGAUGACUACAAGGAAUUACUGGGGGCUGUGGAUAAUGCCUUCCUUGUGGCCUAUGCCAUCGGCAUGUUUAUCAGUGGAAUUUUUGGGGAGCGGCUCCCCCUCCGUUAUUACCUUUCAGCUGGAAUGCUGCUCAGUGGCCUUUUCACCUCCCUCUUUGGCCUGGGAUAUUUCUGGAAUAUCCAUGUACUCUGGUACUUUGUGCUCAUCCAGAUCUGUAAUGGACUUGUCCAGACCACAGGCUGGCCCUCAGUGGUGGCUUGUGUCGGCAACUGGUUCGGGAAAGGGAAGCGGGGGUUCAUCAUGGGCAUCUGGAAUUCCCAUACAUCUGUGGGCAACAUCCUGGGCUCCCUGAUCGCCGGCAUCUGGGUGAACCAAGAGUGGGGUCUGUCAUUUAUUGUUCCUGGUGUCAUCACAGCUAUCAUGGGCAUUAUCACCUUCCUCUUCCUCAUUGAAUACCCAGAAGAUGUGGACUGUGCCCCUCCACAGCACCACGAUGGGUCAGACAAGGACCAGGACAACCCUGAGGACCCUGAAAACAGUCCCUACACUAAUAGGGAGAGCAGCCAGGAGACCAUGACCAGCUGCUCCAAGGAGCCUGUGGCCAUCAGCUUCCUGGGGGCACUCAAAAUCCCGGGUGUGAUCGAGUUCUCUUUCUGUCUGCUCUUCGCCAAGCUGGUCAGUUACACCUUCCUCUACUGGCUGCCACUUUACAUCUUCAAUGUGGCUCACUUUGGUGCCAAGGAGGCUGGGGAUCUGUCUACGCUCUUUGAUGUUGGUGGCAUCAUAGGUGGCAUCAUGGCAGGGCUCAUCUCUGACUACACCAACGGCAGAGCCACCACUUGCUGCAUCAUGCUGAUCUUGGCUGCCCCCAUGAUGUUCCUGUACAAUUACAUUGGCCAGAAUGGGAUUGUCAGCUCCAUAGUGAUGCUGAUUAUUUGCGGGAUGCUGGUCAAUGGUCCUUAUGCACUUAUCACCACAGCAGUCUCUGCUGAUCUGGGCACUCACAAGAGCCUGAAGGGCAAUGCUAAGGCCCUCUCCACUGUCUCAGCCAUCAUCGAUGGCACGGGCUCCAUAGGUGCUGCUCUGGGGCCCCUGCUGGCUGGACUCAUUUCCCCCACAGGCUGGAACAAUGUCUUCUACAUGCUCAUCUCUGCUGACAUCCUGGCCUGCUUGUUGCUCUGUCGGUUGGUGUACAAAGAGAUCCUGGCUUGGAAGUCAUCCCUGAGCAAAGGCAGAGGCUCUAGUCUGGCCCUAACCCAUCCGCGAUAGUAUUUUCCUCAAGUCCCACAACUUUUGUAUAAAGAAAUAUGAAGCCUCGAUUGGAAAAGAAGUGUGGAGGGUCCCUGUUGGGUCCCCAAAGCACUCCACAUGGGCAAGACAAUGGAAAUUUCUACUGACAGGUGAGGCAAAGCCUCCUGAUCCAACACCAGCCGACCUAGCCCAACCCAUGAAGCUGCUAAGGGUACAGAAAAUUCUCUGUGGGAAGGGACUGCCAAGCCAAGGACAUAAAAGGCUCAAGGACUGAGCUCUGAGAGCUGCAAGCAGAAGGGAUGGGAUCAGAGCAGGAGGGAAGGACAUGCAGACUACUUCUUAUUCAGAUUCCAUGACUGAAGGCAAAGACUAUAGGACCAAGGCCUGGAAAAGGUGUCUCUUCUUCGCAUGUUCAAUUCUCAUUUCUGUAAUCACCCAGUUCCUGUAGGAGUCAUCUCUCCUGUUUCAUAGGUGCCCAGCCUCUCUUUGUCUCUUUGUCCACAAAUCAGUCUUCUCUGUGUAUUUCCCCAAGUUGGGUCCUCUUAUUCUACCCCCAUUUGAUCCUGUUGAUAACGUCUUAGGCCAUUUUGAUUAAAGCUUAUGGCUGUUCUUCCAGGGCCAAGACUAUGGUAGGGCAAGAGAGCUGCCUCAGUAAGGGGGCACUUACUCUUGGGCUUGUGUGUGUGCCCAUCCUGACAGCUGAAUGCCUCUUUGCCUCACCCUGGUCCUUAGCCCUUGAUGAUGCCUCAGUGGACAAUGAUAUCAGUGUCAGUGUUAUGGGAAUUGAUGGGGUGAGGCACAACUGAGAAUCCUAGCAUGUGUGGUACACGCUUUGAGAAUGAAUGCCAGUGGAUACUGAGUGUGUACUACACACCAGCUCUAUCAUAGGAAUGAAGUAGACAAUGCACAGUUGAAAAGGAUUCUCACCACUAGCACAAGUACCAGGAUGACAAGAAAUGAGGGUGCUGCUGGUUCUUUUGAGCAGCUGCUAACAUGCUGUUGCUUGGAGCUGUCAGCAGCCCCCUUCUAUCCAGUGUUCUGAUGUGCCUGCUUCUACACCAGGUCCUGGGUGUGACAUGCCAGGCUGACUCCUGGCAUUUUCGACUGACUUCUAUAGCUACCCAUCAGUACUAAUAUAGAUUUCCUUUGCCAGCUGUGCUGUGCUAAUCCUUGACAGGUCCUGGCCCAGCAGCAGCAAGCAGGGUUCACAGGGUUUGUUGAACUAGGGUCCCAGGAGCACACAUUUGGUGUGCAUUCAUGGAGGGCAUGCUAAUGACAUUGAUGACUUGCGGAACAUGCUGGAAGCCUCCAGCCUCAUAGAAGAUACAGCCAUUGUAUUUACUGGGAUACUGGGUGGGCUGGUGCAGUACCCUGGAUACACAGGUUAAAAUAAGUUGUGUUUGCUACAGUGGUAACACCUAGGGGAGUCUCAUGUGCUUGAUACACACUUUGGCUCUGGAAGGAGUCAGUCAGAGAUCUCUAAGUCUUCAGAGCCUACAGGGGCAGGACCUAUGAUAUAUGGCUUUAUGUUCAGAAUUUAUGAUUACUUCUCACAAGACCGGAAAGAUUUAUCUGACUUUAACACCUAGGAGGGAUAGGCUUAAGGAGAAGCUGUGUUACUUUUAAGAGCCACUAGAUGGUGAUACAAUCCUGUGGUAGAGUCCAGCGUGGGCAGGUGUUGCGGCCCUGCUUCCUGGAAAGGAGAGUGCAGAGGUUUCCUUACUGGCCCUCUCUGCUGGGGAUGAUGGUCAGGGGAGAAGGUGUGGCUCUUCUGGAGGUCUUCUCUUCCCUACCUUCACUGUUAACUAGCUUUACACCUAUUUCCUUUUCUAGAAAAUGGUAAUAACAUUCCCUACCUCAUAGGAGUGGUGUGGAAAGGAGAUCAUGCCCUUAAGGAACUUGUCUCAUCAGGGAUAAUAUAAGGGAUAUGAAUAGGCUUAUAAAUGACACAAGCCUCCCGCUGCCACUUGCAGCAUUUUAUCACCUCUGCUCUCAUCCAUCCUCUUCCCCAAUCUGCUGCAUAGCACUGGUGUCUGUCAUAAAUGGAUGCCAUGCUGCUCUACUAAGACUAAACUCCCACAGGACAAAGGAGUGAAGAAAGAAAAUGGCAGCCCACCUGUCACGUUUCUAAGCUUGUCCCUUCCUGCCCACCUCUCACUAUUUGCAGCAACUGAAUCAGUUGAGCAUCUGCCUGUUUAGCCAACAACUCUUAAGGCGAUCUGAAGGGAGACUCCAGCACUAGGAUCUCUGGGAAAUGAACAAGACAUAUCAGCUCCUCUCAGCAGAUAAGUCUGGCAGUGGAGAGAAGCAAGAAACACUGUGGGGCUCAGAGCAUGGCCUUGGAAAUGAGGGCUUGGGCUGUGGCUGGGCAGUUGGGGAAAGCUCCAAAAGCUGGGGGUUCCACAGUGCUGAGAUCUGCCCCUUGGCACUCACCAUCUAGGGCCAGGCUGCCCGCCCUCCUCAGCUCUGGGCAUUGACUGUUCACUAGAGGCCUGGUACCUGCCUUCUCUCUGGGCCUCUGCACUCACACGGGGCUAAUGCAGGAGCAUUACGUUAAUUAGUUAUUCAUUUAAUUUAACUUCACAUUUGGUCUCAAUUAAGCUUAAAAUGUUCUUCCUCGUAGAUGCUACAAUAGCACUUGUAAUUAAAAAGCAAUAAUUCUUUGCGUUUCUCCUUUAGAGAUCCAUUGGGAGGUUGGCUAGUGUGUGUGGGACUAGUGUUGGUGGAAGGGUAUUGGGGGAGGAGGAGGUAAGAAGCAAUGGAAAGAAAGGGAAAGAAGCUCUCAAUAGAGCUUAGCAUUAUGAAGCUACCAUGAAGACUAGUAAUUGGGAGGAGAAACUCAACAUGCCAUGGGGAUCUGGGAUUGAGGUGUAGAGAGUGGGUGCAGAGAACCCUAGGAAGUGGAUAAAACAACAGACCUUGCACAUAAGGUUGUGGGAAUGAAGAGAGGGCCAAUGGAGCGUAGGAGACAUUCCUGAUAGCUGGAAGAUGGGACCAUAUAUUCCAUAGUAGGUAGAUAGAAUGUGUUCCCUCCCCACAAGAGAUGUCUGUAACCUAAUUCCCAAAACCAGUAAAUAUGUCACUUUACCUGACAGAUGUGAUAAAAAUUGUGGAGGCACUACCCCACCUUGCUAGGUGGGCCCAUGUAACCACAGGGCUCCUUAUAAAUCAGAGAGAGAAGCAGGAGUGUCAGCUGGAAGAUGUUAUCCUGCUGGCUUUGAAGACUGAGAAAGCAUCCAAUGGCCAGGGAAUGUGGGCAACUUAGAGAAGCUGGAAAAGGCAGGGGAAUGUAUUUCCCCCUAGAGUCUCCAAAGUCUUGUCUUUAGCUCCAUGAAACGCAUUUCUGACUUCUAACCUCCAAAACCAUAAUAUAAUAAAUUUGUACUAUUUUAAA